AUGAAUGGGCAAACCCGACCACAGACUGAAAGCGCGUUAGAAAACCGUGAGCUGGCAGGGAGCCAGCAGGGCCCCUUUGGGGGAAUCAACCCUUGUGCAAGGGGCCUGGGAGAAGGGGCUUCCAGGCUGGACGGGGGAGGGUGCGUCCCGCAUGUGGGGUUCCCGGAAGUAAGAGCCACCAGUUGGGAGGGUCUUGUCGGGAAGCCUUGGGUGGGGGGUAACCAGGCCCCGGGGAGGCAGGAGGAGAAGGCAGACCAGGGGCUCAGAUCUGGCUCAGGAGGAGGGGGAGCUGGGAACCCCCAGAGUGGUUCUGCGAUCCCCGGUUUGUCGAUCCAGCUAGAGGCUCCCCAGCGCGUGAGCCUUGCCCCCACUUCCCCUGACCCCCGGCCGCACACAAGGCAGGCUUGGUACCCAUCACCCGUGGCCUCUCCGGUGCCUGUGGGCUGGGUGGGGUCUGCUUGGGGUGGGAGCCCACUGCCCCGUCCAUGGCAUAGGGGACGAGGACGGGGUGAGGAGCCCCAGCCUGCUCCCCACGCUCAGGCCGAGGCCCAGGGGGACACAGCACAGCGAGGGCAGCUGGGGCUGGCCAGGAGCUGCAGAGCUGUGCCAGGCGGACAAAGGACACGGCGGCUCCAGGGGCUCCCGUGCAGGCUGUGGAGGGCGGGAGUCGCAUGCCUGAGCCUGCCCGGACAGGGACCACAGGCAGUGACCCCAAGACAGCAAGUCCACAGUGUGAGGCCAGCACUGGCCGCGCGCACCAGGGUAUGGGGUGCUGGGCAGGCCAAGAGCCCCCCAACCCCGCCGCCCGUCCCUCGUGCUGGAGGCUGCUCCAGGCCCUGUCCGCCUUGGGGAAACCAGCUCCGAGGUUGGGCUGCCCAGGGGAGAAGAGCCAUGCCUGGGCCUGCCCGAAGUUCCCGGGCCGCUCCCACCAGCGUCUCCCUGGGCCUGGGAGAGGACAGCAGUGGCCAAGACCACGGGAGGCGGGCCCUGCUGACCAGUGGGGCAGCCAGUCCUGGGGGGCCUAGGCAGUCUGGGGCGGGGUGAAGGUUGGGGCACCGCGCAGAGAGCUGGCGGCAGGGGGGCUGGGAGGGAGGCGGGGUGAGUGGGCUGCUGCACCUCGAGGCUGGGCUCUCCCUCCCCAGCCAUGCUGCAGGUAGAGGUGAAGCCUCUGGGACGGAGCGGGGAGCAGGACCCCGAACUGAAGGUCGCGUGGGGGCCUUGGCGAGCCGACGGCGUGGGAGCCGGUGGAGCUGGUCACCAGUGAGGGGGUCUGUAGGCUGAGGACAGCUGGGCCGAAGUCCCGCAGCUGCCCUGGAACACUGGGGGGGGGGUUAGCUCCCCCAGAGUCUUGGGGGAAGAGAAAGGUGACCCCAGGCAAGCUGGACAGCCUGGGGGUUCUGCCCUGGGACCGUGGCUGUCCCUGGAAGGGGUCCAUUCAGAAGAGACCUGCCCUCUGGAGUGCUGAGGAGGAAGGAAAGCUGAGGCAGGCAGGGUGACCAGAGGGCUUUUUGGGGGCCACCUGGCUGGCUCAGUCGUUAAGCAUCUGCCUUCAGC